AUGAUGAUGAUGUCCCUGAACAGCAAGCAGCCCUUCAGCAUGGCCCACGCCGGCGGCGGCGGCAGCCUCCACGAGGCCAAGUACUCGGCCCUGCACUCCGCCUCGCCUUGCACCUCCUCGGCCGCUGCCGCCGCGCCCUCCACCAGCUCUCCCAGCAUCACCAACGCCAGCAGUAGCGGCGGCGGCCGGAGCAGCGCCCCGAGCAGCAGCAGCACCACCAGCAGCAACAGCACCUCCGAGGCCAUGCGCCGCGCCUGCCUGCCCACCCCGCCGAGCAAUAUAUUCGGCGGUCUGGACGAGAGCCUGCUGGCCCGCGCGGAAGCCCUGGCUGCGGUGGACAUCGUCUCCCCUGGCAAGAGCCACCACCACCACCCGCCGCACCACAGCCCCUUCAAGCCCGACGCCACCUACCACACCAUGAACACCAUCCCUUGCACGUCGGCUGCCUCCUCCUCCUCGGUGCCCAUCUCGCACCCCUCUGCUCUGUCGGGAACCCACCACCACCACCACCACCAUCACCACCACCACCAGCCUCACCAGGCGUUGGAAGGGGAACUCUUGGAACAUAUCACGCCGGGGCUGGCCCUGGGGGCCAUGACGGGCCCUGACGGCUCGGUGGUUUCCACGCCAGGCCAUGCUCCCCACAUGGCCAGCAUGAACCCCAUGCACCAGGCGGCUCUUAGCAUGGCCCAUGCCCACGGGCUGCCCUCGCACAUGGGCUGCAUGAGCGAUGUGGACGCAGACCCGCGGGACUUGGAAGCCUUCGCCGAGCGGUUCAAGCAGAGGAGGAUCAAGCUGGGGGUGACUCAAGCGGAUGUGGGCUCGGCCCUGGCCAACCUCAAGAUCCCCGGGGUGGGAUCCCUGAGCCAAAGCACCAUCUGUAGGUUUGAGUCGCUUACCUUGUCCCACAACAAUAUGAUCGCCCUGAAGCCCAUUCUACAAGCCUGGCUCGAAGAGGCGGAGAAAUCACACCGGGAAAAGCUCACCAAGCCGGAGCUCUUCAAUGGGGCGGAGAAGAAGAGGAAACGUACUUCUAUCGCAGCUCCCGAAAAAAGGUCCCUGGAAGCCUACUUCGCUAUCCAGCCGCGUCCUUCCUCAGAAAAAAUAGCGGCCAUCGCGGAGAAACUAGACCUCAAGAAGAACGUGGUCCGGGUCUGGUUCUGUAACCAGAGACAGAAACAGAAACGGAUGAAAUAUUCUGCUGGGAUUUAG